AUGAGGAAGAACUUGUGGCCAGGAUGUGAGCAGUAUUGUGAUCAAAUUGAUAUUGUGGGAGGGCUGAGCGCAAGGUCUACCUGCAGGAAGUUGGCAGCGGAAACCGGGAUAGUGGUGAAGAGCAUCCUAGCAGAGAAGAGGUUCUGCCGGAAAAAGCUGGUGGAGAUGCAACUGAAAGUUUUGAAGAUUUUGGAGACUACCAGGGACCAUGUUCUGCCCAUCGACUAUUACUUUCCACCCCAGAAGACCUGCCUGAUUUGUGGGGAUGAAGCUUCUGGCUGUCACUAUGGAGCUCUCACUUGUGGAAGCUGCAAAGUCUUCUUUAAAAGAGCCGCUGAAGGAAAACAGAAGUACCUGUGUGCCAGCAGAAAUGAUUGCACCAUCGAUAAAUUCCGAAGGAAAAAUUGUCCAUCUUGUCGCCUCCGGAAAUGCUAUGAAGCAGGGAUGACUCUGGGAGCCCGGAAGUUGAAGAAACUUGGGAAUCUGAAACUACAGGAGGAAGCGGAGGCUUCGAACACCACCAGCGCCACUGAGGAGCCAGCCCAGAAGCUGACAGUGUCACAUAUUGAAGGCUAUGAGUGUCAGCCCAUCUUUCUGAAUGUCCUGGAAGCCAUUGAGCCAGGUGUGGUGUGUGCUGGACAUGACAACAACCAGCCUGACUCCUUUGCAGCCUUACUCUCUAGCCUCAAUGAACUGGGUGAAAGACAGCUUGUACACGUGGUCAAGUGGGCCAAGGCCUUGCCUGGCUUCCGCAACUUGCACGUGGACGACCAGAUGGCAGUCAUUCAGUACUCCUGGAUGGGGCUUAUGGUGUUUGCCAUGGGCUGGCGGUCCUUCACCAAUGUCAACUCCAGGAUGCUCUACUUUGCCCCUGACCUGGUUUUCAAUGAGUACCGCAUGCACAAGUCCCGGAUGUACAGCCAGUGUGUCCGAAUGAGGCACCUCUCUCAAGAAUUUGGAUGGCUCCAAAUCACCCCCCAGGAAUUUCUGUGCAUGAAGGCACUGCUGCUCUUUAGCAUUAUUCCAGUGGAUGGGCUGAAAAAUCAAAAAUUCUUUGAUGAACUUCGAAUGAACUACAUCAAGGAACUUGAUCGUAUCAUCGCAUGCAAGAGAAAAAAUCCCACAUCCUGCUCAAGGCGCUUCUACCAGCUCACCAAGCUCCUGGACUCUGUGCAGCCUAUUGCACGAGAGCUGCAUCAAUUCACUUUUGACCUGUUAAUCAAGUCCCACAUGGUGAGCGUGGACUUUCCAGAAAUGAUGGCAGAGAUCAUCUCUGUGCAAGUGCCCAAGAUCCUUUCCGGGAAAGUCAAGCCCAUCUAUUUUCACACGCAGUGAAGCUUUGGAAGCCCCCAUUUUUUCACCCCACCCCACUCCCUUUUUCAGAAAUCUUCUGCCUGUAUUAACUCUGCACUACUUCUCUGCAGUGCCUUGGGGAAUUUCCUCUACUGAUGUACAGUCUGUCAUGAAGAUGUUCUUGAGUUCUAUUUGCUGGGCUUUUUUUUCUCUUUUGCUCCUUUCUUUUC